CAGUCGGAGAUGGACAUUGGCAACAGAAUAUAUUAUAAUAGAAGCUAAUUGCCACAUAAGAAAUUUAAGAAAUUUAGAGAAGACACUGAACCAAAACCUAAUAAAUAUAGGCCUAUAACACUUUUGAAAUUAUUAUUAGGCUACUUUGUCGUCAGUACAUUAAGCUGCAGCUUUGAAAAACAUUAGCCUACAAAUCAGUCAGGUGUGCUAAUCUUGACAGUCUUUAAAGAAUAUGUGCCUCAUUUGAAGAGCGUGUCAUGUGAACCUGCUAGGCCACUUGAACUGCCAAUAAUGCGUUCAGGGGACCCAAUCAGUCAAGUCACUGCAGCCACAGGUGGCAGGCCCUGUUUUACAAGGCGCCGUUCUCGCCUCCACCCACAGCCAAAAGUAAAGAAAGGCAUGCGCUUAGGGAAAAAGAAGUCAUUUACCAAGGAGUCUACCUCUAAAUAAUUUUGUUUGGCUGUCAUUCUAUUUUUUUUUCUUCUAUGGCAUUUUACAAGGAAGAUAGGCAGGAGGACGCACGAGAGUGUCCGGUGUGCUAUGAAUGUCUGUCGGGCACUGAAAGGACUCUGAGCUGCGGACAUGUAUUCUGCCACGACUGCCUGGUCAAAACGCUGGUCAGCGUCAACAGGGAUGGGAACAUAAGAGACACUAUCAUUUGCCCUAUCUGCCGACAUCUUACAUUCAUCAAGAAACAAAAGGAAGCGCUGGUGACCCCCACGGCGGACAAGGAUUCAGAUGUGGGGCAGACUCUGGAGGUGCCUCUCCCUCUGCCACUGGGACAGCUCCAGAGCGCACGGCGCGCCUCCAGGGACAGUUUACCGAGGAGCGUUAAUUGGAUCGCUCGAUGCUUUAGGGGGGUCUCUGAGCGAGCCCGUCGACAGAGGUUGAUCAGCCCCAGCCACAAUACAUCUCAGAUCUUCAUCAUAAGCGCUGAAGGGCGACCCAUGGCUGAAAAUGAUGCGUUCGACGUUGUGAUGACUGUGGUUCAACCCCGGCGCAGGCGAGUGCGCAGGGUUUGCACAACUGCGCGAUGCUUGCUUGUUUUGCUGUCAGCAUUUACUGUACUCGCCCUGGUGGCUGCAACCUUACCCUGGAUUUUGUUGGCAUAGCACAAUGAUAUAGAAGUCUGGAUUAUAAAGUGCCAAGAGAGGAUGGUGAAGAGACAUUUGAUGGAAAAUCUUUGAAAGAUAUGUCCAACUUCAACACAGUCAAGCAGCCUAUCCACCAGUCAUGCAAUGGAUUGUGUGAAGUAGCUUUGUCUUACUAAUCAAAGUAAUCUGGACUAUUUCAGUGUACCAUCAAUCCACAACAAAUGUACAAUUUCGUUAAUCUAUUAAUAAUAUUCAUCUUUCAUCAUUCAUGUCUCCAACAUGGUUUUACGACAUGAUCAGAUGUGCAAUUUCCUUCCCUGAUUUUAAGGAAAAGUCAGAGUUUAUAGGCAUGCUGGUGUCCUUUAUAUGCAUUGCCAAGCAACAGUCUACAGUAAAGUCAAGGUUGAGAAAUCCUUGACAGCCGAGUCUUUUGUUUUGCAUUCCUGCCUGUGACAUGUUCUACCUGUUUUAUGAGAGGAAAAAACGCCGACAAAUUUUAAGAAUUUCAAAGUGGGAAAAUCCAACCAGUGUGGACAUUUUAAAGACAUUUCACUAUUUCAACAAUUCAAAAAAAGUUUGUGAGAAAAAAAGUGCAAUAAAAACCA